GACCUUAAUCACUUUCAACAUAUCAAUCCAAAAGAUUUUGUUUAUUAGUUGUUGAGGGGGAUCCAUAAGUUGAGAAGACCUUAAGCACUUUAACAAAUCAAUCCAAAUUGAAGUGCUUUGAUUUGCAAAGCAAAAAUACCACAAAGUCGUAUGAUGAAAUUGAUCACAGCUUAUCUGGAUCAAAUUAUGUUUCUAAUUGACGAAACGCCCUAUUUUCCAUUUUUCACUUCUCUCCUUGUCUGCAUCCUGGUGAUUUUUUGGAAGCGAUCCAGAGCCGGAGGCCUAAAGUCACCCCCCGGGCCAUGGAAGCUGCCUGUUAUUGGAAACUUGCACCAGAUGGUCGGUCCGUUGCCACACCACACACUGGGAGACUUGGCCAAGAAGCAUGGACCCGUCAUGUACCUUAAACUGGGUCAAUUAGACGCCGUGAUUAUUUCAUCUGCCAAAGCUGCCCAGGAGGUGUUGAAGACACAUGAGCUUACAUUUGCGCAGAGGCCUAUGGUUUUGGCAGCAGAGGUUAUGUCUUUUGGUCAAGCAAGUAUUUUCUUUGCUCGUUAUGGAGAUUUAUGGAGAUCGCUGAGAAAGAUUUGUAUGUUCGAGCUUCUGAGCGCCAAACGUGUGCAGUCUUUCGGAUCCGUAAGAGAAGAAGAGGUAUGGAAUCUUGUUGAGACCAUUGGCUCAAUGUCUCACAAGGGACUUGCCAUCAAUUUUAGGGACAGGUGCUGCAGCUUCACAAACGACGUAGUGUCAAAGGCAGCAUUUGGGAAAAAAUGCAAAGACCAAAAGGAGUUCCUUUCCCUUCUUGACGAAGUAAUCAAACUUGGUAGUGGGUUUGAUAUUCCUGAUUUGUUUCCUUCACUCAGUUUUCUUGGGUUCAUUACUGGGUCGAUCCCUGCUCUCAAAGACAUAAAAAGAAAGAUCGGUAUGAUUCUCGAAAAUAUCAUCAACGAUCAUAAAAUCAAAAGAUCCAAAAAGGACUUGAUGAUCAGUGGUACUAGUACCACUACAGCAGGCAAGGACAAAGCAGAGGAGGAGGAAGAAGAUUUUGUUGACGUACUUCUAAAACUUAAAGAAUCCAACAAGGUGGAGUAUAAUUUCACAACCAAUCAGAUCAAAGAUAUCAUUAUGGACAUCUUCUCUGCAGGAAGCGAGACUUCAGCUACUACCUUAGAAUGGGCAAUGUCAGAGUUGAUGAGAAACCCAAGAAUCAUGAAGAGGGCUCAAGCUGAAGUGAGACAGUCAGUCCUCCAAUUUGAAGGGAAAAAAAGAAAAGUUAUUGAAGAAAGAGAUGUUAAAAAAAUGGACUACUUGAAAUCGGUGGUGAAAGAAACUCUGAGGUUACACGCCCCAGGCCCUUUGCUCCCAAGAGAAGCAAGGGACACGGUUCAAAUUGGCGGAUUCAAAGUACCAGUUAAAUCAAAACUAAUUAUUAAUGUAUGGGCAAUAGGAAGAGACCCGGAGAUAUGGGGGGCAGAUGCUGAGUGUUUUAAGCCAGAGAGGUUUCAUGGCUCUUCUGUUGACUUUAAGGGUUUUGACUUUGAGUUCACUCCGUUUGGGGCCGGCAGAAGAAUAUGUCCAGGCAUGUCAUUUGGUGUUAACAUGAUUGAACUUGCUCUUGCUGAAUUGCUCUACCGCUUCGAUUGGAAACUGGCAAAUGGGAUGAAUCCAGACGAACUUGACAUGAGAGAGAGCUUUGGACUGAGCUGUAGGAAAAAGAAUGCUUUGUACGUAAUCGCCACCCCACAUUUUACUUCACUCGGCGAGUCAGAUUGACUCGGCGUUUUGUUGCCAUGAACGGCCAACAAACCAGCUCCAUUCUGGUUUAUCAGGUAUCAAUUGUUCAUUCACUUCUGUAUUCCCUCUUUUACAGGCUAAAACACGUUUUCAGUCCCAUCAGUCUUCGCAAUGUCCCACUUUCGUUCCCAUAUUUUCGAGUGCGAUGAUUUUCAUCCCUGCAGUUUGCAGAUUGUCUAAAUCUAAGGCUUUAGCGCGCUCUUCCGGUCUUUUCAAUUAUUACUUGCUUAAUAAGGCAUGAUUAAUGUAUAAUAUGUAUCCCUAAGAUGUAAACUUGUUAUUCAGAUCAAUAAUAUAUGUACUUGUGUGUGUUCUUUUGGUGAA